GUCAAAAGUUUUAUAAGGUUUUUCGCCGGCGACGUACUUCGACGGAGAUGGCUCUGUCUUCGUCGACUUUCCAAAUCCCGUUCCUCAAACACCGUUACUUCGGAAUGUCUCAAAAUCUGAGGACACCUAUUUUAACGAUGUCUACAAUCCCCAGAGAUCGUUUGAUUUCGUCAUUUCAUACGGCGCGAAGCAAACUCUGUUCUCCUCUCCGGACCAUCAGCUGCGUCGCCGGAGACGAUGAAACCAGAGAAGCAUCUUCUCUUCCUUCUUCGAUAUCUUCGCUUUUCGUGAAAGGGUUUUCGGAUUCAGUGAGUGAAGGACGUUUAAAGAAAGUCUUCUCCGAGUUUGGACAAGUUACCAAUGUAAAAAUCAUCGCAAACGAAAGGACUCGGCAGUCACUAGGAUACGGAUAUGUCUGGUUCAACAGCAAAGAGGACGCACAGUCGGCUGUCGAAGCCAUGAACGGAAAGGUAUAUUAUAAACUUCUUUGAAUUCAAUUUAUCCUCUAUGGUGUGGGUUUCAUACUUUAGUGGGUCUUCAAGAUCCAUUUGACCAAACCUUAUAACUUGAUCCCGGAUUGGUUAUUUGUUCUUGAUUGAACAAAUAACAUGAAAUUGUUGUUGAUACUGGUUUAUGUUUUAGUUCUUUGAUGGCAGGUUCAUUCUUGUUAAAUUUGGUCAGCCUGGUUUGUCCCGUCGCCGGAGACCACAUUCCGAUUUCCUUUUUGUAAAUAAAUGAUCUUAACCAUUUACUGUAUGUUGUUUUAUGAGAGAAGGUAAUAUACAAUAACUCUGAUUCAAUAGGUAAUAAUUUUUUAAUAAUUAAUAUCCCAUGGAAUCAAAGUUUUUGCAUUCACAA